GUUAGUAAGAAAAAAAAGGAGAGUGAAGAACGUGGUGGACACAAUUGAAACCUAUUUGGUGAAAUCGGGUCUUCUAAAGAAGAUCUGUUUAGUAUUUUAAAAUGAGUGCUUCGAAGUUCAUAAAAUGCGUCACGGUUGGUGAUGGCGCCGUGGGAAAGACAUGUCUUCUCAUUUCUUACACCAGCAACACUUUCCCUACGGAUUAUGUGCCUACUGUAUUUGACAAUUUUAGUGCAAAUGUGGUUGUCAAUGGACAGACUAUCAAUCUUGGACUAUGGGAUACAGCGGGUCAAGAGGAUUAUAAUAGAUUAAGACCGUUGAGUUAUCGAGGGGCUGAUGUUUUCAUUUUGGCAUUCUCUUUGAUUAGCAAAGCAAGUUACGAAAAUGUUUCGAAGAAGUGGAUUCCUGAGUUGAAGCAUUAUGCACCUGGAGUUCCUAUAGUUCUUGUCGGAUCCAAACUUGGUUAG